AUGGAGAGAGGUAAAGAUUGGAUAGUUGGAGGUAAAGAUUGCAUGGGAAGAGGAGGUAAAGAUUACAUUGGAGGAGGUAAAGAUUGCAUGGAAAGAGGUAAAGAUUGGAUGGGAAGAGGUAAAGAUUGCAUGGGAAGAGGUAAAGAUUGCAUGGGAAGAGGAGGUAAAGAUUGCAUGCGAAGAGGUGAAGAUUGCAUGGGAAGAGGUAAAGAUUGCAUGGGAAGAGGUAAAGAUUGCAUGGGAAGAGGUAAAGAUUGCAUGGGAAGAGGUAAAGAUUGCAUGGGAAGAGGUAAAGAUUGCAUGGGAAGAGGUAAAGAUUGCAUGGGAAGAGGUAAAGAUUGGUUGGGAAGAGGAGGUAAAGAUUGCAUGGGAAGAGGAGGUAAAGAUUGCAUGCGAAGAGGUGAAGAUUGCAUGGGAAGAGGUAAAGAUUGCAUGGGAAGAGGUAAAGAUUGCAUGGGAAGAGGUAAAUAUUGCAUGGGAAGAGGAGGUAAAGAUUGCAUGAGAAGAGGUAAAGAUGGGUUGGGAAGAGGUAAAGAUUGCAUGGGAAGAGGUAACGAUUGCAUGGAGAGAGGUAAAGAUUGGAUAGUUGGAGGUAAAGAUUGCAUGGGAAGAGGAGGUAAAGAUUACAUUGGAGGAGGUAAAGAUUGCAUGGAAAGAGGUAAAGAUUGGAUGGGAAGAGGUAAAGAUUGCAUGGGAAGAGGUAAAGAUUGCAUGGGAAGAGGAGGUAAAGAUUGCAUUGGAAGAGGUAAAGAUUGGAUGGGAAGAGGUAAAGAUUGCACAGCAAAUGGUAAUGGUUGCAUAUGA